CAAAGUUAGCUUGUGGUCUAGAUGGUAAAAACCUCUCAUUUUGAUGUUUACUGCGUUGUUUUAUUCAGUUUGGGGGCCAUUACUAUUACGAAAUGGCAAGCUGUGGUAAAGCCAUGUCAGUGAUACGAGCCAGCUAAUGGGAGAAACUGACGUAGAUAGCUAGGAUUGCACAGGAAAUGUACUCUUGGAUAGCACGGAUGGAAGAUAACUAUAUAACGCAAGCUAUCUGGCUUCUUUAUGAGCGAUAUGUUAUAUUAAAACGUGGGUAUUUAGUGGUAUCGCGUUUCCAACACACGAUGAAAACUUUAAUGUUCGUCUCUUUAGUGGGUAUUCACAGACCAUACGGUUAAGUUAGCCAUACGUAAAUUAGCUACGUGUCAGAGGGAAAGCAGGCUGGCUUUCCACAGAAUUUUACUUUUUUUUUUCCAAGUGAAUAUGCGUAAUCUUUUGUUGUGGGUUUGGAAAUAGUAAAGGAUUGAAAGACUUUUAACAUUUAUCCAGGUAGAUAGAUACGCUGCAGCUUUAUGCAGCUGGCUACAACACUAACGUUAGCUUGUCUUUUCAGGAUUGAAGGUUCAAAUGAUUGAAAUGUUAGUUUCACCUCCAAAACAGCUUUUUCAAUCUACUUAUUUGUAUAUGAUAGUCUCAGUUGUACAUCAGUAAGUAGAGGUCUGUGAAAACCUAUGUUAGAGUGGUUGCAAGACAUGACAGCUCGGCUUGCCUGGAAAAAAAACCUCUCAACCAGGCGUCGGUUGUAGAUGAAAGGAUGUACGCUUCUGUUACGUAAUGGUGGUAGGCUGGGCUUUAAGUCAGCGUCGUUUAUUAUAGGCCUAUCCUAUCGGAGAGAGGGGAGGUAGGGCCGGAGAAGGUUCCUGGAGUCUCUGGUAUAUUCUCACACCUCUCUGUAUGUACGCAGCUUAGAUAGUUCACGGAUAAUAAGCAAAAUAUCAACGUUUCUGUCCACUGACACUAAGAGCUGCGAACAGCGGACAGGGAAUAAAAGAUCGCCAACAGUUUUCAUCUGGUUAUAAAUCAGUGCUGCAAUCCUGAUUGAGUUUGCUUCAUCUGGAGCAACAAAGAGAAGACACCAAUGACGAUCGACGACAGUCCACCUUAUUUCUGGUCCUUGAUGUCAGCGUGAACAGCUUGGAAAGCCUGAAGCCACAGACAAGUGGAGCAGGUCGACAGCACUCAGAGGGUGGGACAACAAGCACCCACUGUGGAGAUUUGUAUCCUAUUUAAAGUAAUAGCAAAUUCAUUUAAAGAGGUAAAUAUGACGGAACAGGUGACGUCUUAUAGCAACAGAGAACUGGUGGUGUUUUAUAUAAACUACAAGUUGUCCCAGAGGAACUAUCCCAUCAGCUACAUUGGGCUCACGGACGAGACGGGGAGAACUGAGGGGGGACAGGUGGGUGGGGAGAGUGAGCCAGGGACCGAGGCGGCAGCAGUCACCACAGUGACGACACCUCUGCCCAACGGUUCUGCCAACGGUACAAGCGGCCAGGGGGGCACGGCCACACCCCCGCGGUCGCCGGCAGCGUCCUCAGCAGGGCUGGACGCAGUCAAAGAGGCUCUUCGGGACUCUGCCAACGAGUUUGAGCUGCGCUACGCGCGAGCGUUCAGCGACCUCUCCUCACAACUGCACAUCACGCCCGCCACCGCCUACCAGAGCUUCGAGAGCGUCAUGGAUGAGGUGUUCCGGGACGGCGUCAACUGGGGCCGUGUGGUGGGCCUGUUUGCCUUCGGCGGGGCCCUGUGCGUGGAGUGUGUGGAGAAGGAGAUGAGUUCUCUGGUGGGACGCAUCGCCGACUGGAUGACUGUCUACCUGGACGAACACAUCCAGCCCUGGAUCCAGAGCCAAAAAGGAUGGGAUCGCUUUGCUGAGAUCUUCGGGAAUGACGCAGCCGCAGACAACAGGAGGUCUGAGGAGAGCUUCAAGAAGUGGCUGUUGGCGGGCGUAACCCUGGUUACCGGGGUCGUGGUGGGGUCACUAAUUGCCCAGAAACGCCUGUGAGCAGCAAGAGACGGUCACCUGACCCAAAACAUGAAGGAACGACGUGCUUAAAUAUAUAUUAUUUUUUUCUUUCCCUUUGCCAAGAACCUCCAUGUUUACAUGUGCUCCUCCUUCCACCAACAUAACCUACCCACAGCACCAAGGGCGUAGGUUUGGUCUCAGCAUUGUUAGGGACACUGCCCGGCAGACCCAAAAAAAAACUUAGUUGAUGUUGUACUGAACAGGCCAAUUUUAUUCAAAUAUAUUAACAUUUGUGAUUGUGAUUUAAACAUAAUAAGAAUAAUAAAACCUUAGUUUAAAUAAAAAACAAAACGUUCUCCACAUUUUUUGACAUCACUUCUUUUUGUUGUCCUUUUUGGAUAUCCCAAACAUGAGUAAGACCUCACCUGAAGCCCUGAUGGUCCAGCUGCUGCUUCCUCAACCUGCACUACAUCUGCACUGGAUUUCUAAGUUUCCUGAAUGCAUUUCAAAAUAAUAAUACAAAAUUACCUAAUGAGAAGUACAUGCAAUGCAUUUGUUUGUUCUGAAAUUCAUUUUUAAUAUGUAGGUUAUUGGUUCAGGUUUAAUGGAGCUGUACUAGGCCUACAUCAUCUGUACUGGAUUUCUGUACACUGAAAUAAUGUAUUAAUGAUUUAUAUGAUGCAUACAUUUGGGCAUCCCAAUUUAUUGCACCUUUUUACUACAUACAAGUAUAACAUUUAUUCUCAAAAAAGCCAAUGUGAAUGAUAACAUUCAUGGGUAACAUUGUCUAAACAUCCCUUAAAAAACAGCAUUUUAAUGCAAUUGUUACCUAAAUGGACAAUUCAACGUCUCAUCUGAACCCCUGAUGCUGAUUCAUCAUCACCCUGCUCUACAUCUGUAGCUUCAGGCUGCUGUUUUUCCUGCACAGAAAUCCAUCAAUUUAAUACAGACACUAACCAUGCUUAGUUGACUGCUGACAUUGGUCGAGAGAUUACAGGGAACGGAGACAGCCUUAUUACUAUCCAAGGGAUCAUAUAGGCCUACUUAUUACCAGUUAAUAUCACUUUUGAGUUAAUAGCCUGCUGGUACUAGGCUAAACUAGCAUGGUCCCAUCAUGUGGGUAGGUUAGCUUUAUCCUUCUGUCUUCAACAAGACCAGCUGCUGCUUAAACACUGGUUGAAAGUUUGCAGACGCUAGGGAUAGAUUUAAUACAAGCAAAAGUUACAUGCUCUACACACUAACAACUUUCAAAACAUGUUUCCAUUGUAGAAUGUGUGGCGAUGUAAGGCUAGCAAGCUAGCGACCUGGGCUUCUUGAUAGCUACUUACUCUCUAGGUGGUGAAAAAACUUCUGAUAUCUCUCUAUUUUUUUGGGUGGCAUUUUCCUAUCUACAAAGCACAAAAAUAUCAAUGCUGAGACCAAACGAAAUACUUAUAUGAGGCUUUAUUAUUUCCUGGCGUAUUUAGUAGCUUACCGUUUCAGACUACUGCCAGCUCUCUUUCUGCAAGUCACGAUUCACGAAGUGUUUUUUGACUCUGCCACUUCAGCCAAUUAAAUGAAAGCAUCUUGUCCGAUGUCACUCAAUGGAACAGGAACUCUUUUGUUUUGAGUGACCGGAGAAAGACAUUGUGAGUGACACAGCUCAAGUCAGAAAACUGUCUUGACCACAACACCUUAAUGACACACACACACACACACAUAGAAAAAAAGGCUUCAAAAGAGGGGAACGAAGCGACAAAAAAGUGGACCAAACAUGUAUUGUUUCUUUUCCUUGUUCUGUUUUUGUUGUUGUUGUUGUUGUUUCAUAACUAGUUUAUUUUCAGUUUGUAUGCAAAUGCAUAUUUUAUAGUUUGGACAAAUAAAACGGAAGCUUGCGUUGUUUACGAAGACUAAAUAGAAGAGUCUUACCUAUUUAACAGAGUCAUGUUGGUGUGCAGUUGACUCAUAACCCCUUGUAUUUUUUUUUUUAUUGCUGUGGAACUUCAAGGGGAUGUUCCAAUAACGUGGUUUAGUGACAAGCCUGGCUUAGUUAACUCUGAGCACGUGAUAUACAACUUACUCUGACUUAACCAGGUUUGUCACUAAACCACUUUCGCCGUUUUAAUGCCUGUUUUGUUUGGGAAUGUCUUCUCUGCUCAUUCCCAAAAGCUGCUGCACCGUGGCCUCCAAAACAGCAGGGCAACCAAGCACUGACAAGCUAGUAAACUGAUGUUUUGGUUCCAACUCUCGUAAGGUUUGCAUGUUGUUGUUUUGUUUUGUUUUCAGAUUUUUUAAGUGUGAAUUUGUGGAGGGAAACUUGUGGGUUGGGGGCAGGGGUGUCUUAAUUUGUCAGCACACCAGAAAUUAUGUUCUUCAACAGGUGCAAGUAAGUUGAGUUGUGGUAUGCAUGUCUGAUAAAUAAUAAACAUGUCCACUUUAUUUUAUCAUUUAACCACGCCACAGGAAACGGCAGAUAUUCACCUGCUAAUAACUGCUAUAAUGUCUGUGACCUGCAAUCAACAAAGCAGGAGGAAGAAAGUAAUUGUUAUUGUUGAUUUUAUUCCUAUUUGUACUAAAACACUGAAUAUGGACUAAUAUUGACUACAUGCUUACCGUAGGAUGUCUCCUAAUCGCAUAUUUAAACGUUGGACUUUCUGUUAUUCUCUGAUGAUGAAUGGGUAGUUUGGUUGCUAAGUAGGCCUACCAAACUGGACUGGCAACAGAAAGUGAGUGAUGCUGAAAGAUUAUGUCUGGCCUGGGGAUAACAACGUUGACUUUGGAAGUCAAGGAAGUCUGACACCUCAUCAUUCCUUUUACACAGCUAUAGGAGCUUUCCACUGUGUUAAGAAAUAGUUUGAUUUAAAAAAGAAGGUCCUUAACAUAGGACAGAAAACGAUGUGCUCAUAGUCAAAUCUCUUUUGAUGACAAAAAGGUAACUGAGGAGUAAUGGAAAUACUGUAACCGUAGCUACAACUGCACACUGAACGACACCUUGUAAAAGUCAGAGAUUGGUCUUCCAGUGCAGUCAAUUUACUACCCUAUAUCUUCCAUCUCUGACCACUGACAGCCGGAAAUCAUGACAUUAAUUAUUUAACGCCUUGCUGCCAGAACCGCUAAUAGCUCGUGUCACUCGUCGCGAGCCACCUGCUGUUUAGCGCAUAACUAAUGUCAAACGGCAAGGCGGUAAGAAAACGAUUUCUUGGCUCCAGAACAUGUUUAAUUUAAACGUAGAUGUGUUUGUCGUUUCCUACUAAUGCUGUUUGGAAAGAAAGCUAACUGAAGUGAGGAGAAAUUAAAUGAGACAGGUGAAUUUUCCCCCCACCUGUCUACCCUUCUGAGAUUCUAAAAUCCUUUUGGGAAGACAAGGUCCUUUGGUCUGUCACUCAAAUGCCACGGAGCCUGAAAGCUUUGUCCUGUGAGACCUGACCUAAAAACCUUGCGAGGAUACGAGAUUUCACGGAGAAACUGUCAGUCUUCAUCAGUUUUUGACAUUUGGAACAGGCCGAAACGUUUCUAAACGACACUUAAAAUGGUGAUGUGCGUGGAAACAUUACUGCUGUGGUAUCACAGGCUCUAUGAUGUUUUUCUUCUUCCAAUUCUCGUUUUAUAACGUCUUUGGUUUGACUUUCAGAGGAGACUUUAUGUCAUGAUAGAGCUACAGUUUUACAACUUAUAUUUGGCUUUUCCUCAGUUACAGGUGAAUUUACAAUGGCAACACCCCUCACCCCCAAAGUAUUUGUCAUUGCUGCUCCGUAUUCACUGACAGAUUCUGCAGAAAACAUUACAUGUGAAAUUUCAGUGCUGCUUGCAUGCUUUAGCCACGCUUCUCUCAAUAUAGACUGCCAAGAAACAGUUUCCCUUCACUUGUCGGUGUGAGUGCAUAAUUUGUGUGGAUACUUGAUGGAAAGUUUCGGCAAGUUUGUCUUUCAACCAGCAUUGGCAAGCUUUGGCACGACACAAUGUAAAGUAGCUAACUUAAAUUACCUUUAGAGUAGCAAAAUAGAUUAGCUAAAUAUUUAAACAUCUGAUUAUUUCCAAAUGUUAUAUUUCGUGUAAACACAUAGUGUUCCUUGCUAUUGCCUUAAACUCCAUCAUUUCUUUCGUUGACGUGUAUAUUUAAGUCAUUGUGUUUUAGGAAAAUGCAUUAAAAAAUAGGAAGUUUAAAAAAAGAGAAAAUAUUUUUUUAAAGUUUUGAUUUAUUUUUUCCCAUCCAUAGUUUAAUUUAAGCAAACCUGAGCGACAACAAUAACUUAAUGGGUUGUUGGAUGUUUUAGAAACCUAUUUAAUGUCUGAAAUGAAUAAAGACCCAUAAUCACA